AUGUUAUAUAAAUGUUUUUUGUUUAUUUGUUUAUUUUGUUUGCAAAUUUAUUCUUGUUUAUAUAAGAAAAAACCUUUCUAUUUUGAGAUAAAAAUUCAAAAAAAUUAUAAAAAUAAGAUCACCUGUAAUAAAGUUAUAAAACGUUAUUUUUAUUUUUUAAUGAGAAAUUUUCCUUUACCUCCCAUUAAGUGUAACAGAAAUCUUAAAUUAUUAUACAUAAAUAAAAUUACAUUUUUCUUAGAUAAAACAAAAAAAAAAAAAGAUAAAAAAGUAUAUUUGAAUAAACACAAUAAAGAGAAUAGAAUAUUCAAGUCUGGAAAAAAUAUUAUAUUGUAUUGUAAAAACAGUACUACCAACACACCUUAUACACAAAAUGGAAAUAAUUUCAAGGAAGAAAAAAAGAUUCAGAAAAAAACAAUAGAAAAUAAAAAAUAUGAGCAAAAAUCAUAUAAAGAAAAGUUAAGCAAUUUAGAUAUUAAUUUAAAAAAAUGGAAUGAUCCAAGCAAAAAAAAAAUAAAAGAAAGUAAAGGUCAAAAGGAAAAGGAAAAAGGAAAAGGAAAAGAAAAGGAAAAGGAAAAGGAAAAGGAAAAGGAAAAGGAAAAGGAAAAGGAAAAGGAAAAGGAAAAGGAAAAGGAAAAGGAAAAAGAAAAGGAAAAGGAAAAGGAAAAGGAAAAGGAAAAGGAAAAGGAAAAGGAAAAUCAGAAUAAAAAUGAAAUUGAAAAUAAUUCGAACAAAAAUUCUACUUGCGAAAAAAACAAUGUAGAUAAUACUGUGAUUGAUGAAUGCUUCUCUAAUUCUAAAAAUUCUAUUGAUUUUUUUAUAAAUCAGCAUAAAGACAUACUAUUAAAAAGCAAAAGUAGCAUGAUGAACAUAAGUUGCACGAAUAUAAACAAAAAUAUAGAGAACGAAGCAAGCAUCGAUGACAUAUUAUAUGGAGGAUUUCUGAAUAUUUAUAAGCCCGUAAAUUUAUAUUCUAUGAAAGUAUGUGAAAAGGUUAAAAAUGUUUUGAAAAAUUAUUUUUUCGCUUUAAAUGAAAAAAAUAUAAACUUGAAAGUUGGACAUGGUGGAACAUUAGAUCCAUUCGCUGAAGGAGUUUUAAUUAUUGGUAUUCAAAAAGCAACAAAAAAAUUAUCCGAUUUUUUAAAAUGUUAUAAAAAGUAUUUAGCAUUAUCAAUUUUUGGUUUUGAAACAGAUACAUUAGACAGAGAAGGAAAGAUAAUUAAGGAAAAAAAAAUUCAUAUAUAUAAAAAAGAUAUUUUUGAAAAUAUAAAAAAAUUUAUAGGGUGGAAAGAACAGAUACCUCCUAUAUACUCAGCUAAAAGAGUUAAAGGAUUAAGGUUAUAUGAAUAUGCAAGAAAAAAUAUACCUAUUCAAAUAAAACCUAACAAAGUUCAUAUAAGAAAUAUAAAAUAUUUAAAUGAAUUUGAUUUUCCAUUUUUUGAUCUUCAAGUAUAUUGUUCUGGGGGUACUUAUAUAAGAAGUCUAAUAAGAGAUUUUGCACAUUCAUUAAAUUCAUAUGCUACUUUAAUUAAAUUAAUUAGAAUUGAACAAAACCACUAUAAAUCCCUGGAUUCACUGCAUUAUGAUAAUAUAAACAUACACAAUAUUAAAAAAUAUUUUAUCAAGUUAUAG